GGAAUGAGAGUGACCUCUGGAUCGGUGACCUUGAAAAAGGACCAACAAAACCUCGUCGGGGUGAGUAUCGGAGGGGGUUCUCCUAACUGCCCCUGCCUCUACGUCGUUCAGAUCUUCGACAACACCCCAGCUUCCAGAGAUGGAACGCUGGCUGCGGGAGAUGAAAUUGUUGGCAUCGAUGGUUCCAGUGUGAAAGGGAAGACGAAAGUUGAGGUGGCUAGGUUGAUUCAAGCCACUAAGGAUAAGGUGACGAUCAACUUCAACAAGUUGCACGCAGACCCGAAGCAAGGAUUGACGCUAGAUCUAGUGUUGAAGAAGGUGAAACAUCGGGUCGUUGAGGGAAUGACGAGUAGCACUGCCGAUGCAUUGGGACUCAGUAGGGCGAUCCUCUGCAAUGAUUCUUUGGUGAAAAAACUGCAAGAAUUGGAGCGAGUCUCAGCAACGUACGAGAAGCUGGUGCAAAGGGUGAAGAAGUUUCUGAAAGCUUUCCUUGAAUUGUCUUUGGCGCAUAGAGAAUUCGGGGACGUGUUUUCAAGCAUUGGCGUGCGAGAACCUCACCACCAAGCCAGUCUGGUGUUCAGUAAGUUUGGAGAUACGCACCGAGAACUUGAGAAAAAUGCUCUGACUGCCAUCAAAGCGAUUAAGCCGAUGAUAAGUGAUUUGAAUACGUAUCUGAAUAAGGCAAUACCCGACACCAAGCUUACCAUCAGGAAAUACCUCGACUGCAAAUUUGAAUACCUGUCGUACUGCCUAAAAGUGAAGGAAAUGGAUGAUGAGGAAUACAGUUGUAAUGCACUCAAUGAAUGCCUGUACAGAGUUGAAACCGGGAACUAUGAAUACAGAUUAAUUUUGAGGUGUCGGCAAGAAGCGAAAGUAAAAUUUUCCAAGAAAAGAGCUGAUGUGCUGGUGAAGUUGGAGCUUUUGGAUAACAAACAUGUGCAAGACACGGUCUUCCAGUUACAGAGAUUAGUGACAUCACUAGCGAGAUAUCAAACGGAGAACAGCACCGUCAUGAAGGAUAACCAGCUGUUCCCCAUCGAGGUCGACCUUUGCAAAGGUGUGAUGGUUUUGCUGGCUUAA